AAUUGGAGCUGCCAGGCGCUCUCUUUGGACUGGCGUUAGGGUUCUGUAACUUAUGGACGAGCCAAUCACAUGUAAAGUGAGCUAACUAAAUCUAAGCACAGACUUCAUUCAUCCGCAUGGACGACAACUAUUCUCGCGCUACAGAUAACGCGUCACUAACCAGAACAUCGACAGCUGUCAUUAUCAAAUACGUUUUAUAGUUGUUCACUUGAACGAUGACAAAGCAAAAACACUCUACUAAUGAUGUCACACAUUUUUCACCUGUUCAUCAUCAUAUGAAUUUAUUAUAUCAACAAAUGUCUUUAUUCAUAGACUUAAAACCAACAUUGCAAAAUGAAGCAUUUACAGCAUUGCUAUGCCGUAUAACCUCACAAAAUCUAAAAAUUCUUGGUAGAAAAUCGCAGACACGAUUAUCGUUUGCUAUACGUCGAUCAUUAUGUACUAAAUGCUUAGUUCCAUUACAAUUGUCGGGCAAAAUAAGGGUGAGGAAACGACGUAUUCGUCUGUCAUGUGUAUUAUGUAAUCACCAAUCGACUAUCUCUUAUCCAAUUAAUAAGUGGCGUGUAAGUUAUUCAGAGUCUGUACUACCAGAUUCUUUUUGCUGUAAUGAAACUAUUGAAAAAUCCAAUAAUGAAUAACCAAAAAAGAUAAAAUUUCCAA